CCUGGACUACCUACCUCAUGGGAAGGGGGAGCACAUCUAUGGGACCAGAAGGACACACUGCAUUGCAAUGCUGCAGCCAAUCAGUGAUCAGGACAGCGGAUACGGAGAAAUCAUUGAGCCACCUACAUCAUUGUGGAAACUUGUCGAGGAGCAGGUCCCCGUGAGUGAAAGGGCCGAAAUCAAGAGAAUUCUGGGAGAUGCAGCUGUUGACCUCAGUUUAGAGCUAAAUGCAGAGGUUGAGCUUCUGCUGGAUCUAUUGAGGGAUCUGAGAGCCACCUACUCAUCGUCCAGACAGAGUUCACCGCACAGCCUCACCUCCCUCCUGGCUGAUCCACCUGUGAUUAAGGACAUGAUAACACAAGAGAUACGCAUGUUACUGCUAAGCGUGAGACAGAAAGCACGGUGUGAUGGACUAGAUGAGGCCCAAGUGCUCUCUAAAUAUAACCCAAAGGUUGUCGGCUAUGUGAUGGCGGAAAUCAGACCUGAGAGCAGGGUGAGCAGUCGGUGCAGCGGAUCAUUAUGGAGCCACGACGUCAGAAGGAGCAGCUGUCUGAGUUCCUCCUACUACGAAAUGAGCAGACCACAAACCAGGGCCACAGGGACAGAAGAUCGACCAUUGUCCUCUCUUUCUUCUGGCUCCAGCAUUGAGGACGACCUUGAAGAACUAAAGGACAAGCUGAAGAUUUCUCAUAUUGAUGAGGUUGUCAUGCACCUUAAAUCUUUACUGGAAGAAGAGUGCAAAGCGCGGGAGAGAGAUAUUGCCCUCCUACAGCAACGUCUAGAAUUGGAGUAUCUCUAUGGGGCAGACUCUCAGACACCGCUCCCGGAGCCCUCACUGGCAGAGUUGAAAGAAGAGAGGCGUGUAAUUGAGCGUGACUUACAGCUCAGAGAUUCAGCAACAUCUUCACCACAGAGUAUGAAUCCCAAAAUCAGGAAAACAAGAUCCAUGGAAGUUUCUGAUAGAACCAUAUCUGAUCAUAAUCCUGUAUGUUUAUCUCAUAUACGACCUGCGUCUGGCAGUUUGCAGGAUAAAGCACCUAAAAUUGCUCCCUGUCCCCCACAUUCUAAGAUCAAAAUUGAGGUGAAGCAGAAACCUAGCAGUAGCAAAGUAUUGAUUCAAUCAACAGCCGCCCCUUAUAAACAAGAGGAGAGAACAGAUAUCACAGCUUACAAAUUAUCUCACAGACACAUUAAAGCACAUCCUGUUGGUGUUAUACAAGUAUCAUGCCCUUCACAUGACUUUCAGAAAUGCACAGUACCUGUUCUGAAUGCUUUAUCUGUCAAAAAUUCCUCAUCAACCCCUAUCUUGUUAGAGCAAUCCCCAUCUACACCCAAACUGCAGGUACCAUUACAAGGAAUGGAUUGUGUAUUUGUCCCUUCUCCACCCCAAGUCCAGCGACCAGCUGGAACCACCAGUUCCUUCUCAAGUUUGCGAAGAACGAGGACUCAGAAUUCUAUCACUCCAUCCUGACAUAUUUAUCAAGAGACAACAUACUCUGAUUUGUAUGAGGACAAUGGUAGGAUGAUCAAUUAGUGAGUACUAAGGAAAUCCACACAAAAAACAAUAAAACAAAACAAAACAAAACACAAAAGUGAUACAAUGUCAGCUUCAUCUAAUGAAUUUAUUACAUAUAAUUUGCAGGAUCAAAAUUAUUUUUGGGAAAGGAUAGGAUCUGAAUUCACAAUCCUCCAAAUUCAACUUCUAAAUAUCAGAAGAAUGCUCCCAGAGUUUGGGAAUUUAAAAAUUUCAAUUCAAUUGAAGUGUUUUGGAACACUUAGGAUUAAAAUAAAGCAACUGUAAUAUAUAUAUAUAUAUACAAAUAAUUGAUUUUCGCACCCCUGCUGGGUGGUAUGUUUAUUCGUCAUUCUCAGGUCCUCUACCAGAGGCCUUGGAGUUUGAGGGUUCUGCACAGUAUCUUAGCUGUACCUAGAACUGCACUCUUCUGGACAGCAAUCUCAGAUGUCCCACCUGGAAUCUGUUGAAGCCACUCCCCCAACCUGGGAGUCACAGCCCCCGAGUGCUCCUAUCACAACUGGGACUACUGCCUUCACUUUCCACAUCCAUUCUAGCUCUUCUUUCAGUCCUUGGUAUUUGUCCAUCUUCUCAUGUACCUUUAGCCUGAUGUUAUAGUCACUGGGUAUUGCCACAUCCACCACAAUUGCAGUCUUCCAUUCCUUGUCUACCACCACGAUGUCGGGUUGGUUGGCCAGCACUUGCUUGUCUGUCUGGAUCUUGAAGUCCCACAGGAUCUUAGCCCUGUUAUUCUCAACUACCCUUUGUGGUAUCUCCCAUCUGGACUUAGGCAGGUCCAGCCCAUAUUCUGUGCAGAUGUUUCGGUACACAAUCCUAGCAAGUUGGUGUAUGCUGUUCCUGCUAACAUCUUGCAUCUGGCUACUAGGUGCUGGACUGUCUCAGAGUCCUCUUUGCACAGUCUGCACAUUGGAUCUUGCUGAGGCACUAAUCCUAACAGCACAGGAACAGGCACUCAGCACCAGAAUCAAUACAUAUAUUGGUAUUCUUCACAAGUAACACCAAGCCUCCAUAGCAAGCCAGUAACCAACCUCAUGCUGAUGAGUUGCAUUAACAACGAAAUGUCUGUCAAUGAGUGAUUCACUGGCUCUGCUCCUCUUCCUGAGUUGUGUUUCAAAGCUGUUGUAUACAGCAGACACAUACUCCAAGGAAUCCAUGUAUAAAGUGGAAUUAUGAGGCAAAAGUUUGGUUCUUUGUUGAGCUCAUUUGCAUAAGCCUUACCAGAAUCCCUUGCAGUAGUGAGAGCACUGUUAAAGUGAGAUUUCUGUGGGAAAAGGAAGCCUUAUGGC